AUGGCCAGCCCCAGCGCUUCGCCUGCCCUCGACGCGAACCCCGCCGAACCGCCAUCAAAACGGCGGAGGGUGGUCGGUGAUGCCAGCAACGAAGAAGCAGACGGUGCUCCAUCUCCCGAAACCAGCGCCUCGCACCAAGAGCUAUCGAUACGUACAGGCAGGCCCGAUAGCAGAUCUCGGUCAGGCAGUCCUAAAGAAGAUGACGACGCCAGGCGGUCUCGAGAGAAGCGGUCAUACUCUAGAACGCAGUCACCCCGCUCUCGGUCGAGAUCAAGACCGACAUCGCGAUCGCGGUCGCGGUCUCACUCCCGCUCCCGGUCCACCUCCCGCUCAUCUGACAGGCGCCGCUCCCGGUCCAGGCGCGACAGUUCCUCCCGCUCUCGGUCUCGAUCACGUUCACGCUCCGAAUCGCGCUCUCGCUCUCGCUCUCGCACCCGCUACCGCUCCACCGGCUCCUCCCCGACCCCAGCAGCCGAAAGCAAACCCCCGGAGCGGGUGCGCGUGCGCUACAAGCGCCGGCUCGAGCUGCGCGGCCACUCGCAGCCCAUAGCGCAGGUGCGCAUCUCACCCAACGGGCGCUGGAUCGCGUCCGCCUCUGCAGACGGUACCGCCCGCAUAUGGGACGCCGAGACGGGCGCGCACAUCGACACCCUGGUCGGUCACAUGGCCGGCGUGUCGUGCCUGGCCUGGAGCCCGGACUCGGGCACCCUCGCUACCGGAUCCGACGACAAGGCCAUCCGCCUGUGGGAUCGCAUCACGGCAGAACCCGCGCACGCCGUCGGAACCGAGGACGGUGAUGAUGAUGCCGAGCGCGGCCGAACCCACGGCGGCACCAGGAUCUCGGGCGCGUCGGGGAUCGGCGUCGGCGGUGGAGGGGGCCCCGCGCGAGGAACCAGGCGCCCGCUGCUGGGCCAUCACAACUACGUCUACUGCCUGGCGUUCUCGCCCAAGGGCAACAUACUGGCCAGUGGUAGCUACGACGAGGCUGUAUUCCUAUGGGACGUCCGGGCCGGUCGACUGAUGCGGAGUCUUCCGGCGCACAGUGACCCGGUAAGCGGCAUAGACUUUUGUCGCGACGGCACGCUCGUCGUCAGUUGCUCAACCGACGGGCUUAUUCGCAUCUGGGACACGGCAACCGGACAAUGCCUACGCACCCUGGUCCACGAGGACAACCCCGCAGUCACCAACGUGUGCUUCUCUCCCAACGGCCGCUACAUCCUGGCCUUCAACCUCGACAGCUGCAUCCGCCUGUGGGACUACAUUGCACAUCCGAGCAAGGUCAAAAAGACGUACCAGGGUCACGUUAACACGGGCUUCAGCAUUGGCGGCUGCUUUGGCGUCGUGCAGGAUGGUGAGGAGGAGAUUGAAGACGAGCAGCAAAACGGCGAGGACGGCGACCAAGACGAAGACGAGCAAGACAGACACCCGCGCCGGAAACAACGCCAGUCGAGGCAGCAGGCCUUUGUCGCCAGCGCCAGCGAGGAUGGACAUGUCGUCCUGUGGGAUGUCAAGAGCAAGGAGGUCGUACAAAAGAUUGCGGCCCACGACGGCGUCUGCUUCUGGGUGGACGUUGUAGGGGACACCAUGGUGAGCGCAGGGAAGGAUGCGCGCAUUUUGGUCUAUCGCAACACGCUAAAUUCGCAAAGGCAGAAGAUGGAGGGAGAGACUAAUGGGGUAAAUGUGACUAAUGGCGUGGAAAUGGGAGACGGCGUUGAGGGUGAUGGUGAGCCAGACAUGGUGAACGAAGAGGCGAGAGAAGACGAAGCGCCACAAGUUGAAAACUAGGUAGACUAGUUUUUCUUUUACUCUUCACAAAACUUAACGAUACCCCUGCCCAAAUCCUUCCAAAACUGCUUGAAUUCUUGCCUUGCCAAGUCAAACAUAGUAGUCCCC